AUGGCGAGCGGAUGCGUGUCCAAGCACCGGGAACUGGUUCACAGGUUGGUUACCUACAUCUUUGUCUACGAAGACCUGAUAUCCUUGACCUGCGGUGCCAUUAUCAUCUGGUAUUUUGCCGGCAGCUUUGAGAAGAACGUUGGCACUGUGAAGCACUGCUUCCUCACCGUGGCGUUUGCCAUCCUCUCCGCCCUCCUGUACCUCUUACUCGAGACCGUUGUCUCGAGGGUGUCAGAGGUGGAAGAUGCCAAAGGAUUCAUGUCAGUAGCUUUUGCUAUGCUGGGUGUGUCCACCACCCGCUCGCGGAUGAAGAGGAUGCUGUUUUUUGGCAUUAGAGUUCCAGUGGUGCUGGUGCCAUGGUUUAUGCUCUGCAUAGCGUGGUUUAUCCCCGGCUCUUCUCUCUUGAGUAACCUGUCUGGGCUCCUAGCUGGGGAAGCCUAUGGUCUCGGCUACUGUUUCUGCUUGGAUUUUCCGGAGUCGGUGGGCUCUAAGCUGGACUGGGUGUUCCCUUUCAGCCUGCUAAGGAGGAUGCCAGGGCUGAAAUACAUCCCAGGGUCCUUAGCAGAGAGAAGAGCCUUCGAAAGCAGCAGGGUUAAGCCUGCACCAGGCGCCUACCCCACCCAAAUCUACUACUGCUCUUCGCCUCCGGCUCUUCCCGCUUUCCAGAUGCAGCAACCUGACACUCAGAGCCAGGGGUUUCAACACAGCUGUGCGCCGGGAUGCGGCCAUGCUCUGGGACUCGCGGGAUCUCAGCAUGGCCAUGCCGCAGGACACAGCCUCCCUUCUUCCUCCCACCAAGCCAGAGGUGCCUUCAGAGAGUCUUACGUGCAGGCCCACGAUGGAGCUUCGCCUGGACAGUGCUGCCAGCUGGGCAAAUUCUCACCCCCGCAGCGCGUGUGCCCGACUGAUCCACAGGCACCUGCAGGCGUGGGCCCCCUGGCUGGGAUUCAGCAAGCAUCAGGGUAUCCAGCAGCCACAGCGGCUCCUGUUUCUGCUGAAUUUUCGAGAGUCCAGGUGUACUGA